GAGCCGCGUCCCCCUCCGGAGUCCUGAGAGCCCGUCUGUUACCCGGGAGGGCGCUGCGGUUGGUCCCGGGGAGGGGGCGAGGGCAGGGUGUGGGGUGCGCACAGCUUCCCUCCUAGGCGGCGACGUUUACCCAGAAGCAGCUCCCUCUCGUUCCGCUACCAACAGAGGCUUCCGGUCAGCGGAGGGUUUGCUCCGUCUCUUGGUGAACUUGAACAGAGGCAGAGGCAAAAGCAAAACGUUUCUGCGCCAGGAGAUGAGGGUCGGUAGAGCCCUGGAAUGGAGAUGUCCUUGACACCUGGGCAGAGGCUGCAGCUGCAGGACCCUGUGGCCACUGGAGAUAAGUAAUGGUGCCAUUUGAACACCUACUGGAAACGGGGCAGGAACAGUGAGUGACCCCAGGCGAGCACAGGCAGGUGCCAGGAGCCAGGAUGCAAGGAUGACGCCUCCGGAGGCCCUGGCCUCCCUCCCACCUGGGCACUAGGAGCCAUCCCGGGGCUCCAGCCAGGAGCCCUGCUGCCCAGGGGCAUGGCCAAACCUUUCUUCCGACUCCAGAAGUUUCUCCGCCGAACACAGUUCCUGCUGUUCUUCCUCACGGCUGCCUACCUGAUGACCGGCAGCCUGCUGCUGCUGCAGCGGGCCCGCGUGGCCCUCCCACAGGGCCCCCGGGCGCCCGGCCCCCUGCAGACCUUGCCAGUGGCCGCCGUGGCGCUGGGCGUGGGCUUGCUGGACAGCAGAGCCCUGCACGACCCUCGAGUCAGCCCAGAGCUGCUGCUGGGUGUGGACAUGCUGCAGAGCCCCCUGACCCGGCCCCAGCCCGGCCCCCGCUGGCUCCGGAGCCGCAGCUCGGAGCUGCGUCAGUUGCGUCGCCGCUGGUUCCACCACUUCAUGAGUGACUCCCAGGGACCGCCCGCCCUGGGCCCCGAGGCUGCCAGGCCCGCCAUCCACAGCCGAGGCACCUACAUUGGAUGCUUCAGUGACGAUGGCCACGAGAGGACUCUGAAAGGAGCUGUGUUUUAUGACUUGAGAAAGAUGACUGUCUCCCACUGCCAGGAUGCGUGUGCUGAGCGGUCCUAUGUCUACGCCGGCUUGGAGGCUGGGGCGGAGUGUUACUGCGGGAACCGGCUGCCGGCGAUGAGCGUCGGGCUGGAAGAGUGUAACCACGAGUGCAAAGGCGAGAAGGGCUCUGUGUGCGGGGCUGUGGACCGGCUCUCCGUGUACCGUGUGGACGAGCUGCAGCCGGGCUCCAGGAAGCGGCGGACCGCCACCUACCGCGGAUGCUUCCGACUGCCAGAGAAUAUCACACAUGCCUUCCCCAGCUCCCUGAUACAGGCCAAUGUGACCGUGGAGACUUGCUCGGGCUUUUGUUCCCAGAAAGAGUUCCCCUUGGCCAUUCUCAGGGGCUGGGAAUGCUACUGUGCUUACCCUACCCCCCAGUUCAACCUGCGUGAUGCCAUGGACAGCUCAGUAUGUGGCCAGGACCCUGAGGCACAGAGGCUGGCAGAACACUGUGAGGUCUACCAGACACCUGUGCAAGACACUCGUUGUACAGACAGGAGGUUCCUGCCUAACAAAUCCAAAGUGUUUGUGGCUUUGUCAAGCUUCCCAGGAGCCGGGAACACAUGGGCACGGCACCUCAUUGAGCAUGCCACUGGCUUCUAUACAGGGAGCUACUACUUUGAUGGAACCCUCUACAACAAAGGGUUCAAGGGCGAAAAGGACCACUGGCGGAGCCGACGCACCAUCUGUGUCAAAACCCACGAGAGUGGCAGGAGGGAGAUUGAGAUGUUUGAUUCAGCCAUCCUGCUAAUCCGGAACCCAUACAGGUCCCUGGUGGCGGAAUUCAACAGAAAAUGUGCCGGGCACCUGGGAUAUGCAGCUGACCGCAACUGGAAGAGCAAAGAGUGGCCGGACUUUGUCAACAGCUACGCCUCGUGGUGGUCCUCGCACGUCCUGGACUGGCUCAAGUACGGGAAGCGGCUGCUGGUGGUGCACUACGAGGAGCUGCGGCGCAGCCUGGUGCCCACGUUGCGGGAGAUGGUGGCCUUCCUCAACGUGUCUGUGAGCGAGGAGCGGCUGCUCUGCGUGGAGAACAACAAGGAGGGCAGCUUCCGGCGGCGCGGCCGGCGCUCCCACGACCCCGAGCCCUUCACCCCGGAGAUGAAAGACUUGAUCAAUGGCUACAUCCAGACGGUGGACCAAGCCCUGCGUGACCACAACUGGACGGGGCUGCCCAGGGAGUAUGUGCCCAGAUGAUAGGCCUGGCCCACGCCGCCGCCCCCGCUGAGUGACGCAAUCGCACCACGGGGCUGCGCUCCCCACUCUCAUGCUCAGGCCCGUGGCCUCACUGGGACGAACGGUGGGUGGGGGGCCCACCCUGGUGCUGCCUCCCGCACAAGGAGACCUGGACACAACAGACACACAUCACAAGGCGAACACAAAUGGACACACAUACCUGCGUGCCCACACCUCCUCAGACACUCAGACACCACUCCAGGCUCAUAGCCCCGUCUUGACACACAGAAGCCACCCACGUGGGGUGUGCCAGGUGCCCCCAGAUACAAAUGCAGCCACACACAGACGUAACACACAGGUGCCAGGCCGUGUGCUCCUGGAGGCUGGCUGGCUGUCUCACACAGAUACAUGUGCGCUCCCUGGGAUCCAGGAGGCCCUGGGCUUCCUGUGUCUAGCCCUGGCAUAGACUUGCUUGUCAGGGUGUUCGACUCUGGGAUGCUGGGCCGGGCAGACAUUUAUGCUCUGAGCAGCAAGGACCAUUGGGAUGGAGGUGGGCACAAAGACUGCUGCUUCCAGGGUGUGCGGCCCUGGCCGUGUGUCUGACAUCCCAUAAAUGUGUGUGUGGUGUGACUACGGGCACCACAAACUCUGCA